AUGACGAACGAUCUUCGUGAACUGGAGAAGCAGGAUCGUAACAUCCGGAAGACGUUGGAAGGGAUGCAGUAUUUCGUCGAGCAUUACAGUCCUGACCUAGUCGAUCAAGUGGCGAUUCGUCUUCAGCGAUUAGAGGAUGUUUUCCGAGAGUUCCAUGCGGUUCGUCGAAAGAUAGAGCUGUUAACAGAAGAUGUGUUCUCCGAAGACGAAGAAGAAGUCGACCAGAAGGAAUCCAAGGAGCAGCGUAAGGCGCGCAUCGCUGGCCGUAUACAGGAGAAGGAAGACGAGAACGUGAAGAUCAUGAUGAAGAUCGAGAACGUCUACUACAAAAUCAAGGCUGCCCUAACCCGAUUGCUACCCAAAUCGACCCCCGUUGUUGCUAUAUCCGGUGGUCAACCCAUACCAGCAGCCGCUCCAGCUGUUUCGAGAGUGAAGCUACCAGAAAUUCGACUGCCGAGCUUGGGUGGACAGCUGAGAGAGUGGGUCACCUUCCGUGACUCGUUCCGUAGCCUGAUACACAACAACCUACAGUUGUCAGCUAUGGACAAAUUUACGUAUUUACGAUCGUCGUUAACCGGAGAGGCUCUCCAUGAAAUCAACUCGGUGGAGAUGACCGAAGCGAACUACGACGUAGCCUGGGUAGCAUUGGAGCGUAGGUACGAGAACAAGAAGCUGAUCGUCAAGGCCCAUUUGGAUUCGCUGUUCUCGGUCGAGGUGAUGAAGAAGGAGAGCUAUGAGUCGCUGAGCAAGCUGAUCGGCGACUUUGAGAAGAACCUGUUGAUGCUGGACAAGAUAGGAGAGAACACAACGAAUUGGAGCACCAUCCUGGUGUACAUGAUCUGCUCGCGAUUAGAUCCGACCACUCUCAGACAAUGGGAGGCACACCAUAAAUCAAAUGCGGUUCCGACGUACGCGAAUUUAAUCCAGUUCCUUCGUGAGCACUGUUCUGUACUCCAGUCAAUUGCACCGAGUAAUUCCAUUCCUGUCCAGGAAAAGCGGUCGAAGGUUGGCGUGAGCAAUGCUGCAGUUCAGUCGUGGAACAAGUGCCUCUUCUGUGGAGAAUCGUUCCAUUCAGAGUUCCGUUGCUUCAAGUUCCUGAAGAUGAAGGUUCCAGAACGUCUCGACGUGGCUCGACGGAGUAAAGUUUGCCUGAACUGUCUAACUGCUGGACAUUAUGCGAAGUCGUGCACGAAGGGCUGCUGUCAUCACUGCCAGCAGAAACAUCAUUCCCUGUUGCACACUGAUUCAAGCCAGCAGUCACCCCCACCUGUCAAAUCCUCCGUCCCGUCGCAGAAGAAACCUCCAUCGUCAAACCAGCAGCAACACCAAACACAACCACACACCAGUAGCCAUUCCACACCAACCCAGACCAUUACACCGUCCACAACCGCUCUCCCUGUUACUCACUCGCCAAACACUCAAUCACUGCACACCACAAAUCAGACAUGCACAAGCCAGAACUCCGUUUCCCUCUCAGUGAGCAACCGUACCGGAGAUGUCCUUCUCUCCACUGCCGUGGUCUUUGUCAAGGACCAGUACGGUGCGACACGACUAGCCAGAGCUUUGCUAGACUCGUGCUCGCAGUUCUGUUUUAUGACCACCAAUUUCAGUCAAAAACUGAAACUCCGUGGAUUUCCCGAUCACUUGACUGUUCAAGGAAUCGGAAGUUCCAAUUCCAUAUCUCGUAGACGAGUGAACGCUCGUAUUCUUCCCCGGUCCGGUGAUAUUUCGUCCUACAACGAGGACAUGUCGUUCUACAUUCUACCGGAGUUGACAGCCACUCUGCCAGUCCAAAGGGUCAGCGUCGGUCAAUGGAAGCCGCCAUCCAGCAUCGUAUUGGCCGAUCCACAGUUCUGUGAGCCCGGGCAGAUCGACAUCAUCAUCGGUGCCGAGUAUUUCUACGAUCUUCUCAUCGAAGGACGAAGCAAGAUUAGCGAGGAGGGACCAACUCUGCAAAACACUGUCUUCGGUUGGAUUGUUUCAGGACGCAUUCCUGAUCAACCAGUGAGUCCAAUGCAAGCAGUUUCGUUUUCGUGCACGCUAGCGGACAUCCAGGACCAGCUAGCACGCUUCUGGGAGUUGGAGUCCUGCAAGUCCAGUAGCACCCAGUCGGUAGAAGAAUCAACAUGCGAGACCAUCUUCGACGAGACAACAACUCGGGAUAGCAGUGGCAGAUUCAUAGUGUCGUUGCCGAAGAAGGAGUUCGUCAUGCAGCAGCUUGGCGAGUGUGAAACGAUUGCCACUAAACGUUUCUUAGCCUUGGAACGACGACUAGAAGCCAACCCCGAGCUGAAGACUCAGUACCAUCAGUUCAUCCGAGAAUAUGAGCAGCUUGGCCAUAUGAAGCAGGUGGACAGCGAAGAUCCAGACUUUCCCAUCUACUUCCUUCCGCAUCACGCAGUGUUGAAGCCAGACAGUACCACGACGAAGUUGCGGGUAGUAUUCGACGCAUCCUGCAAAACGUCCACAGGAGUCUCGUUAAACGAUGCCCUGAUGGUCGGACCCGUCGUUCAGGAUGACCUGCUGGCGAUUCAACUGCGUUUCCGUCUCCACCGAAUAGCCGUCGUCGCAGACGUGGAGAAAAUGUAUCGGAUGAUCCUCGUCUAUCCGUCAGAUCAACGGCUCCAGUGCAUUCUUUGGAGGGAUACUCCGAACGAACCUAUCCGCACGUAUCAGUUAGCCACAGUAACGUAUGGGACAGCAUGUGCUCCGUACUUGGCGACCAAGUGUCUGCAACGGCUGGCAGAACUUGAGGCCGAGAGAUAUCCUGUGGCGGCGAAGGCAAUGAAGGAGGAUUACUAUGUCGACGAUAUGCUGAGCGGAGCCGAUAGCAUUGAAGCCGCUACGCAGCUAACCAGCGAAAUGCUCGAGCUUGCCUCCUCUGGUGGUUUCACUUUGCGAAAAUGGAACUCCAAUUCCAGUGCACUCCUGGAUCAGUUACCAGAGAAUCUCGUCGACCGCCGGCCGGAGCUUGAGCUGGAUACUGCGAACACUCCAGUGAAGACACUCGGGCUGCUCUGGGACACCACUUCAGACAGUUUUCUCUUCCGUUCACCUUUGUGGAACUCAGAGGCACCCAUCACCAAGCGAAUUGUGCUUGCGGACACAGCUCGUUUAUUCGAUCCCAUCGGCCUGGUGGGACCUGUCAUCGUCGCAGCGAAGAUAUUCGUUCAAGCCCUGUGGAAGCAGAAGUGCGACUGGGACGAACCGUUACCCGAAGCAUUCCAGAAUUUUUGGAUCGAGUAUAGGAGAAAUCUCCGCCUCUGGCUUCCGUUCAGUACCACCUUCGGCGGUUCCGUAAAAGUGCGCCUCAUCACAGCCAAGUCCAAGGUCGCACCACUUGAAGAUCUGAAGCGGAAGAAAAGGGUUCAGACCACUCCCCGGCUGGAACUCUCCGGAGCAUUGUUGCUCAGUCACCUAUACGAAAAGUUCGUCGUCAGCACAGCAAUUCAGCACACCGCCUUCUUUUGGACCGAUUCGACGAUCGUGAUGUACUGGCUGUCGUCGCUGCCGUCACGGUGGCAGAUGUUUGUUGCGAAUCGUGUGUCGGAAAUCCAACACGCCACGAAAGGAUGCCCGUGGAACCACGUAGCCGGUGAAGAAAAUCCCGCCGAUAUCAUCUCUCGGGGAAUGACACCAGCUCAGCUGCAGUACGAAAGAUUGUGGUUCGAGGGACUGCUGUGGCUUCGUCAGGACGCGAUCAUCUGGCCGUCCAAGGCUCCAGAAGAGGAAAUCGAUCCUGCCAUAUUGGAAGAGAAGAAGGUCGUUGCGCUCCCAGCGACGGCUGAGUCCGUUAGCGAAAUAUUCAGUCUCCGUUCAUCGCUGUUCAGUUUGGUCAGGUUGGUCGCUGGCAUUCGCCGGUUCGUGCACAACACACAGCACAGACAGGACAGACGCACAGGGUUUCUGACGUUCCCCGAACACGAGCAGGCCUUGACAUUCCUGGUUCAGCUGGCGCAACAAGAAGCCUUUCCCGCUGAGAUAGCAGCGUUGAACAAGAACAAUCCAGUCAGUCCAUCGUCUUCGAUAAGCAGGUUGAAUCCAGUUCUUGUCAGUGGAAUCCUCUGUGUGGGAGGCCGACUAGCCAAGGCACCAGUGUCAGCGAGUCAGAAACAUCCGAUGAUUUUGAGUCACCAUCAUCCACUGGCAAGGUUGGUCCUGCACUACUACCAUUGCAAGCACUUCCAUUCCGGAUUGCAACUUCUCGUGUCCACCGUUCGUGAGCGUUUCUGGAUCACGCGCAUCAGGAGUCUUGCUAAUUCUGUAUUGCACGAAUGCGUUCGUUGCUUCCGAACCAUGCCGAAGGUGCUAGACCAGCUUAUGGCUGAUCUACCGUCGGAACGAGUCUCUCCGGCACCUCCAUUCCUUAGAGUAGGCGUGGAUUAUUGCGGACCGUUCCUGAUCAAAUACCCUGUUCGCCGCGCGACUCCCACGAAACAUUACGUCGCCAUUUUCAUCUGCCUCGUUACGAAGGCAGUCCAUCUCGAGUUGGCUAGCGAUCUUACCAGCGAAGCCUUCCUUGCCGCCUUCAAAAGGUUUGUGGCUCGCAGAGGAAAACCGAUCCUGGUCAUGUGCGACAACGCCACAAACUUCGUGGGAGCCAAGCGCCAACUGGAUGAAUUACGACAGCUGUUCAUCGACCAAACGUUCCAGGAGUCCAUCGUCCGUGGAGCGAUCGAGGAUGGCAUAGAAUUCCGCUUCAUUCCAGCAAGAUCCCCCAACUUCGGUGAUCUUUGGGAGGCCGCCGUGAAAUCCUUCAAGGGUCAUUUCAAGCGUACCAUCGGCGACCGUAUGCUGCAGUACGACGAGAUGAUCACCGUGUUGCCACAAGUUGAAGCGAUCCUCAACUCCCGGCCCCUCACGCCGGUCAGUAACGAUCCGUCGGACUUCGAUGCGUUGACGCCAGGUCACUUCUUGGUUCAGCGACCGUUGACAGCAGUUCCAGAGCCAUCUCUAGAAGAUCUGCAGCGGAAUAGGCUGUCCAUGUGGCAGCAAGCGCAAGACUACGUUCAGCAAAUCUGGACCAAGUGGUCCACUCAGUAUCUGUCCGAUCUCCAUAACCGGACCAAAUGGACCCGGAAACGGGACAACAUCUCUGUUGGGACUCUAGUCCUACUCAAAGAAGACAAGCUUCCGCCACUAAGGUGGAAAUUGGGCCGCGUCAUUCAGAUCCACCCCGGAUCAGAUGGCAACAUACGCGUUGUUACUGUGAAGGCCCAGGACGGCGAGUAUCAGAGGGGCAUUUCGAAAAUUUGCGUCCUUCCGAUCCGCGACAACCUGGAGUCUGAGCAGAUCUAA